GUGUGCUGUAAAGGACCUUGUGAUGGAUGAGCCCCUCUGCAAACAGGACUUAUCUUCCUCUCAUGUUGUGGGACUCAGUUUGUGUAACUCCGCCCCCUUGUUGUGGCGUUCUGAGGACCUGCGCUCACUGAGGUCUCAGGGCCUGGUUGGGGCGCUGCUGGGUUCUCUGCCCCGGACUCCCCGACAGAAUGUACGUCUGGGCCGCCCACUGCUACUGCUGCCCGAGGAGGAGAGGCUGCUGAGUGAACGCCAUGCUGCCGCCGCACUGCCACCUGCUGACCAGGAUGCUGAAGGGGCGGAGCUUGUUCAGGAGGCAGAGCAGCAGAGGAGCUAUGAGGAGCAGAGUGUCCUCGCUCUGGAAGACAGGAAGUCAGCACUGCUGCAAGCGAUGACAUCAUCACACACAGGUGAGUCUGGGAGCGUAGACGAGGCCCAGCGGCGGCGCCUGGACGCCCUGGACCGAAGCUUCACCUUCCCGAGGUCAGCACUGGCGGUGCAGCUGAGCACAGCAAGGGCAGGGCUUACUCACUGCCCAGAGAGCAGGGCCUUCCUGCAGGCCGACUGGCCAAUCAGAGCACAGGCCAGCCCACACUGCCAGGCCAGGUACCAGGUGUUCAGAGACCUGAGGGGGCGUGGCUUCUACCUGACCUCAGCGGGGAAGUUCGGAGGAGAUUUCCUCGUGUAUCCAGGUGAUCCUCUUCGGUUCCACGCUCACUUCAUCGCCAUCUGUCUGUCUGCAGACGAACCUGUCUGUCUGCUCGAUGUCCUGUCUGUGGCUCGUCUGGGCUCCAACGUUAAGAAGACGGUCUUGCUGUGUUCGCCGGCGGGAGGCGCCGUCCUGUACACCUCCUUACAGUGGAGCGGGUUGGUUUAGACGGGAUGGGGGCGGGGCCAGGAAACAAACAGAACUGGACAGGAGUCAGUGGUCCACGUGGAGCCUCCCUAAGGACCCCUGUUGGACUCAGACAGGCUCCUCCUCCUCCUGCUGCGUUCUCCCAACCGCUCAGCCCGACCUCACCUGAACUUUGACCAGGAGGCGGGACUAAAAUGUACCUGUUUGCUUUCCCACAUGCUGCUCACCCUCAGGUGUUCAGGGGGGAGGUGACCCUCUCAGGUUAGAAGGGGGGGGGGAGG